AUGGCAGAACCGACCCCUCCUCAGGUUUCGAAUACUCUCGGCCUUGACUUCCAACAACUCAGCAUCAAGGACAACGAAGAACCAGCUCCAGAAGUGGAUCCUUCCCAACCCAGUCCUUCGACCCAGCCUGAAUCCACAGAAACAGAAAAGAGAGGUAAACCAAAGCCAUACGUCAAUCCCGACCGCGUCAAAACUGGAGGUGCCGCUCGAGAUAAACUCAGUGAUGAAGCCCUAGCUGAACGCAUGGCCAGGAUUCGCGAACAAAACGAGAAAAUCAAGCAACGUCGAUUGGACGUUCAAGCAGACGAAGAGGCUUUCCGCAAAUCACAAGAGCAGGAAAGACAGAAACAGGCUCAGAACCGUAAAGUGCAGGACAGUAUCGACCAAGCUCGGGAUAAGAAUGCACAACGGAAGAUGGAGAAAGCUCAGAGUCGCGAAUGGGAUUCUGGCAAACCAACCCACGAUUCUCGGAAACCUCGUGCACCUCAAAGUCCACAGGGAGAUUCGUCCGGCUCUGCUGCUGAAAACACAUCUCCUCCACCACCUCCUCCUCCGAGCGAUCAGUGGGUCGCUACAUGCUACCCAAAAGAAACCGCCGAGUUUCCUAAACAACUAGCGAACCUGUUGCUCGACAACUAUGUCGUUCUCCAAGUCGACACACGCAAAACCCUCGUCCAAAACCUCGUAAUGCUGCGAAACAAAAAUGUCAUCACAUCCAUCGAACUCCUCAAAACGCUCUUCCCCCUCCUCCCCCAAACACCCUCGCCCACCCUCCGCGCCUUCAUCCGCAAAACCAUCAUCAACGACAUCCGUGUCGCCAAUCUCAAAUCUAAAAACCAUAAACUGAACAACUCGGUCCAAGCCAUGCUGUUCAACAUGGUCGAACGCGGAAUGGACGGAGAGUUUACCAGCCACAAAGGUAAAACCAAGAUCAAUAUCCCAGCCGAUCAGAGGAAAACAGGCGACGAGGCGAUGUGGGCUAUUAUCAUGGCCAAGGAGCUUUGGAAGAAGGGGAUCUGGAAAGAUGCGAAGACUGUGUCGAUCGUUGCACAGGGCUGCUUCCAUCCUGUAUUGAAGGUCCAGAGCGCUUCCCUUCACUUCUUCCUCAACGACGAGGAAGACGAAGAUAGCGAUGACGAGGGUGAAGAGGACGUUGACGUGAAAGCUCUUCACCACCGACGAGAGAUCAACAAAAAGACUCGAAGCGGGGACAAAAAGAUUCAGAAAAAGCUCAACCAAGCGAAAAAGAAAAUGCACAAUAAAACCGACAAACAGUCCGACUUUUCUGCUAUCCUACUUCUCCGCGACCCCCAAACAUUUGCCGAAAAACUCUUUGACCUCCUACACGAACAUGACAAGAAAUUCGACUUGGACCACCGCAUCCUAAUCAUGCAACUUCUCUCUCGAAUCAUGGGAAGCCACAAACUAUGCGUCCUCAACUUUUACACCUACGUCGUCAAAUACCUCUUCUACAAGCAACUACGCGUUCCGUCGAUCCUCGUCGCACUAGCUCAGUCGGUGCAUGAACUCACCCCACCAGACGUUUUGACCCCCGUGAUUCGAAAGAUUGCGCAGGAGUUUGUCCAUCCGGGUGUGGCGAAUGAGGUUAUUGCCGCGGGUAUCAACUCCAUUAGAGAGGUGUGUACGAGGCAGCCGUGGGCAAUGGAGGAAGAUUUGCUCCAGGAUUUGGUCGAGUAUAGGAAGAGUAAGGAUAAGGCUGUGCUAGCGGCUGCACGAAGUCUGCUGCGUCUGUACCGCGAAGUCAACCCUGGAAUGUUGAAAAAGAGGGAGCGGGGUAAGGAAGCUACCAUGGGCAUUGCAUCGGGAAUCAAAGCCCUACCCUAUGGCUAUGCACCUGAAGCGGCCAAGGACAUCGAGGGUCUCACUCUAUUGGAGGAACAUCUGGCGCAAACCAAGAUGGACGAAGAUGGAGAAGGAUCUGGCGACGAUUCCGACGCAUGGAACGGCUGGGAGAUUGAAGAAGAUUCGUCUAGCGAGUCGGAAUCCGAAGGAUGGAUAUCGGUCUCUGAUGAUGGCAAAGACUUGGACAUCAGCGAUAGCGAGGACGAGAAAGAGGAAGAAGAUGGAGAACCAAAGCCCGCUGAGGAAAAGAAGAUUUCCACAUUGGCUACAACCAAGAUCCUCACCCCAGCAGAUUUUGCUCUCCUCAACAGCCUCAAAUCAUCCACAGCCGAUUCCUCUGGAACAUCCUCUAAAAACAAACGUAAAGCAGCUGACCCCGAGCCCUCAUCCGGCCAAUUCAUCUCAGAGCAAGAUAUCCUGGGUCCACGCAAAAAGGCCAAAGCAGACUACGAAGAACGUAUGGCCUCCAUCCGUGCAGGACGUGAAGGGCGAGAGAAAUUCGGUUCGCACAAGGGCAAACAGAACAAGGCCACACCCAGCAGUACCACCAAUCGAGAAAAGGCAAGGAACAAACCGAUUAUGAUGAUUAUGGGUAGUCAGGCAGUGAGGAGUAAGAAGCGGGCGUCGUUGAGGGAAAAGCAGCAGAAGUUGAGGGCGCAUAUCAAGAGGGCGAAGAAAGCAAGGGGUUAA